GUUUCACCGGGAAUUUAUUUUCAUGGAACACCGCGUCUCGGUGCGACGUAUUAACAUUUUGUUUACUCUGAAAUGUCCGCUACUUCCAGGCAGUCUCCGCCUGGAGCGUAGCAACCACGGCGGUGAAUCGUGCGACGCGCCCGGCGUACCUAAAGUGACCUCAGCCGUUCGCACGGUGCGGACGUUAGCCUGCUAGCGGUGACGCAGCUCGGCCGGUUCCCGCGUGCACAUGGAGCGCGCGGACAGCGUCCCCGGAGAGCCCGCUCCCCGGGCCGACGGCAUCGGUGCCGCUGCCGCACAAUGGCGAAACUGGAGUGGAUUUUGGCUCCUUGGAUUGUGCAACAACUUUGCCUAUGUGGUAAUGCUGAGCGCCGCUCACGACAUCCUCAACAAACAAGAAUCCAAAACCCCCCCGAAUCUUACUUCAGCAACGUUGGCUGCGGACUUCCAAGGAGGAAACGGUAGCAACAGCAGCCGCUACGACUGCAACCCCGUCUCCACGGCGGCCGUGCUGUUAGCCGACAUCCUCCCAACGCUCGCCAUCAAGUUGUCAGCUCCCUUUGUGAUCCACAAACUGCCUUAUGGUUUCCGAGUGUUGUUCUGCGCCUUCAUGGCUGCAACCAGCUUCCUCCUUGUGUCCUUCUCCUCGGCCGUGUGGAUGAGCAUUCUGGGUGUGAUCUUUGCGAGCGUCGGCGCCGGCCUGGGCGAGCUGUCCUUCCUCUCUCUCACUGUGUACUUCAGCAGGGAUGUCCUGGGGGGUUGGGGCUCAGGCACGGGCGGCGCCGGUGUUGGUGGAGCCCUCCUCUACUCGGGCCUCACCCAGGCGGGCCUGUCGCCCCAGGUCACGCUUCUCACCAUGCUGGCGGUGCCGGCCGUCAUGUUGCUGAGCUAUUUCUUCCUGCUGGAUCUCCCCACUUCACUACCUCAGUGGAGAGGCGCGGAGACUGAGUACAGGGCGGUGGUCUCCGAGGACAGACAGGCGCUGAUGGACGGCUCGGAGGAAGAGGAGCAGGAGAAGUCAACCCCAGCAGAGGUGAUGACGGCCGGACCGCUGACCUUCACAGAGAAGCUUUGUGUCAUCAAAGGCCUGCUGUGGUUCGUGUUGCCCCUGGGACUGGUCUACUUCGCAGAGUACUUCAUCAACCAGGGCCUGAUGGAGCUCCUCUACUUCCCCAAACAGUCCCUGUCCCACGCGGAGCAGUAUCGCUGGUACCAGACGCUGUACCAGGUCGGUGUGUUGGUGUCUCGAUCGUCCCUCUGCUGUGUGAAGAUCAGGAAUCUGUGGACUCUCUCUCUGCUUCAGGUGCUGAACGCUGUGCUGCUCCUGUUGGCUGUGCGUUUCCUGUUCCUGCCCAGUGCCUGGGUGGUGUUCGCCAUCAUCCUCUACGAGGGCCUGCUGGGCGGAGCGGCGUAUGUCAACACCUUCUACUUCAUCAGCAAGGAGACCGGGGACCGCCACAGGGAGUUUGCCAUGGCCGCUGCCAGCGUAGGGGACAGCCUGGGCAUUGCCGCGGCCGGACUCGCCGCCUUCCCCGUGCACAGAUACUUCUGCUCCCUCUGACCCAGCAGGGCACGCGCGUGCGUUCUAUUUAAAUGAGGAGGCUCUUGUUCCUGCAUACAAAUAUGACGAGUGGUUUUCAGCGGUAAAAGUGUCCUUAACUGACUCCCGUGUUUGGAUUGUGCAGGUUGUUUAUGACGUGCAUCUCAGAGCAACGAAGUCACCAAAAUAUGUUUUACAAUCUUCCUGAAUGAUGGAUAUUUAUUUUUUAAAUAACAACACAUGUAUCUUGAUCAUAUAGUUUGAAGAAAUACUUCAAUAUGCUCCUUUUGAUUUGAUUGUCAUAUUACUAACCUGGCUUGUUUAUUAUUUACCUUUUUAAUGUGCUUACCACUCGCUACCUUUACACAAUAGGACCCAGCGCACUGUGCUACACAGCAACACUUGAGUGACGGAAGGACGCCUUUCACAUUUGAUCGGUUAUUACAUUUUGGUGCGGGCUCACAAACAAAGAGUACUCACUGUCGCCACCCUGUGACAUUCAUGUUUGGCUAAACACAGUUGACGUCAAGGUAACGGUUUUCUCUCCCGACAGAGGAGACUCCGAGGUUAAUAGAUGAAAAUGUUCAGUGCCUUGAAUUGGGUUAUUGCUGACCUUCGUGUUUUUUAUUUAGUUUGGCAUCUACUGGAGAUAACAAACACUGUUAAUGUGGAUUAGCAUUUUGGAUUUUAUUAAGUGUAACACUGUGGAAGGCAGGACGACAUCUGGAGCAGCAUUAAUGCUGCGUAUUUGAAAUGUCAGUCAGCGAGACGGACGAUAAUAUCCGCUCCUCCCUUCCUCCAGCCACACACACAAAGAAAUGUGCCUGAAUAAAAAGGAGAAUAAAAUAUUAAUAUAUUUACAGGUAGAGAUAAUACCGUAAUCGGUCAGGAAUUUUAAAAAAAAUGUACACUAUAUAUUUUUUAGUUACGGAUGCUGUAACACAAUCUGAGUUCUACAAAUUGAUGUGUCAGCUGUACGUCUUGGAUGUGGAAUAAGGAGAGAAAACCAGGGGCCAACGUGACGUUGAUGGGAGGCUUCCAUAUUGAUGAAGCUAAGUGUUUGGCCACUGUGAGUCCUGAAUGUAGAAGUCCUCUCUGAUGUUCGUCAGCUGCACUUCCUGCAUCAUGACUACAACGUAAAACAUACAUAGGAAUGCAGGUUAUUUUUUACAUCACAUAGCAACUGUAGACAAAGUGUUUUACGUCUUUGCCAUCCCGUAUCAUAUCAAACAUUAAGAUGGUUAUCUUUUCGGGAGUAGAGGGUCAUAUUUUACUAAUCGACUGAUGCAUAAACAUUCCAGACCUGCUGAGCACUAAGCCUUCAUGUUUGGUUCAUGAAGUUAAUUUAUGGGAAGAGAAUUUAAUUUCCACUGAACACCAUUAGCUUGUUACUAACCCCCA